AUGAAGCCGCUGCAGCGCCGGCCAACCCUCCUGGGGUACGAGCAACCUCUCGUCGCGGAUCCCGGAGGCGACCCUCAGCGCUCGCAAGACCACUACGCGCCUCGGAGGAAGGAAUGGGCCCUCGACGCCGAGGCCAUCGUCAAGAAGCUCAACUCGCACGAAGCCUUCGGCCUCCACGAAGGCUUUGAGAUCACGGAGCUGCCGCGCUUCAGCGACAGCAUGAACUACCUCGUCUCGGAACGGGAGCAGUUCGACCUCUGGGCCUUUGAGGUCCGUCGCCUCGUCGGCAUCGUCAACGAUAACAAGCCCAUCCAGCUCGAGGGCGCCGCCGAAUGGUUCGGCGCGGCCGACCGCGAGGGGUACCAUCGCCUCGACAAGCUCGCGACGCAGCUCAUCUACGCCACCAGCAUCUGCAUCCUCGACAACGAGCUGCUGCUGCUCGAGUUCUGCCCCGCCAUCGCCAAUCUCGGCCACGUCCAGGUCUCUACCAGGCGCCUGCUUCACAGCUUCGGCCCCAAGGGUGCCGUGCAUACGGCCCGCGGGUCCAUCCUCUUGGACAAGGAGAACAGCCGCUGCUAUCACGCCCUCAUCAACUACGUGACGGGGACUCUGGUCCAAGUCUUGCUCCGCACCGCAAAGGGCGACUUCUGGGACGACAACGUCAUCAUCAGCCUGUCCAAGUUGGCGGCCAAGCUCAAAGUGGUCAGCUUCGACCUCGAGAGAUCGGCGUCGGUGUGUCUGGCCGGGAAGAAAGCCUGGGAGAGUCGCCUCCGCUACCAGAUCCAAAACGACUUUGCCGUCCCGGCCGACAAGGAGGACCUCAGCUUCAUAGAGAAGCAGCUGGUGGCCGCGCAGAGGGACGUCACCCACUGCGGCCACCGCUACUUUGUCAUCAUGGAUGCCUUCCAUCAGUGUAUCAACGUUCUCAUCAUUCACAUCGCCGACGAGCUUACCGCGGAUCGGAAUGCGACGGCCGGCCCCGACUCGUUCGAGGCCAGCUCCAUCCUCUACGAUACGGGGUUGCGACGGCAGCGCAACAUGCUCUGCCAGCAACGAUCCGGCGCCAUCGGCGGCAGCGGGUCCCGCCCCGAGAUCCAUUGCGCCGACUUCGCCUUUGAAGUGUGCCUGGCCAAUUUGGAAAACUUGCGCGCCAGCCUCGCGGGCCGCGAGCUCCCGCCUGUCAUCGGGGACUCGCCGGCACCCGCACCGUACACUUCGGUGUACUGGAAGUGGACUGGGCUUUUGCCGGCUGAGGGAGAGCCCAAAGGCCGGGGGGCUUGGUGGCGUGGUCGAGGGGCGAGGCCCGAGGAGACGCUUCUGCUGGGCAAGCCACGUUCCGGGGCGCUGCAGCUCGCGUCCAUGAAGGACGUCAUCACGGCUCUGGUGCCGUUCGUCAUGCUCUGCGGCGACUUUCCGGGCCAACUGGCCGGCCUCGUGCACAGCGUCCACACCAUCUCGAGCCCGAGCGACCCGACCAAGACGUGCGAAGAGGUGCCGUUUCUCGCCUCCUUUGUCGUCCGCACCAGCAGCCACUCCUCGGUGACGGGGCCGGACGUGAUACCCCUGAGCGCAAGUCCAAUCGCGCGAAAGCGAGCCCUGGCGCACUGGCCGUCGUCGGACGCUUCUCCGGGAAACGAUCCGUCCUCGUCCUCGUCCACGUGUUCCCACCAACAAGGGGAGCACGGUGGCGUUGACAGCGACGCUGUGCUCCACGAGGAGCUCCGCAAGUCAAAUGCACGCAUCGCCCGCGGAAUGACGCUCUUUGACAGCUGGGUGGUCGAUGAAAAGUCCAUCAUCAUCCCGUACCGCAAGUACUGCUGGGGCUCGCUGGGGCUAUGCGGCUGCCUCGUGGUGGGCGGCCUCGCCAUCGGCUUCACAGUCGAGCAGCGAAUCCAGGGCGUGGACCCCUUCAACAUCUCCGUCUUCUGUUGGGUGCUGGCGGGUUUCCUCACCCUGGUGGCCAAGGCGGUGCGCGUGCAGGAGUGGCCGUGGCGCGACUUCUUCCUGGGCCGCGUCGUAUGCAGGUCUGUGUCCGAGGUGGUGGCGGUGAGCUGGAUCGACCCGCAGCUCCUCCUGUCCAUCCUGCUGCGGCUCGAGCCCCUGAUGAACCUCAACAAGCGGGGGCCGUUCCAGACGGCCUUCACGCGGCGGAGCCCCGACGACGGCUUCGCCAUCGACAUCCCGCUCGACACCGUGGCCAUGAACGACGGCGGGUGCUUCUUCGUCAAGGUGCAGGGCGACACCAGCCCGGCCCUCAUGUGCGUGCGUACCAACUAUGGGGCGUCCUUUAACAGUGUCGAGCCGCAGGGGUAUUCGAUGGACGGCGAGGAAGUCAAGUGCCGCAACCUGGACACGCCGAGGCUUUGGGGCAAGGGGCUCCAGCAGAGGCGCAUGUAUCCGUUGGCAACCAAUACUCUUCGCUGGACUCGCGUCGUCGGCCUACACCACGAGGAGGUGUAUUUCGACUGACUGCUCUGCUUGAUGGCCGCCGCGGCGGCUUGUCCGACGAGGGUUCAUCAGGUGUGAAACGGAAGUUGGAUGAGUGAGUCUUGAGAGAUAGCACGAGGGGGGAGCCUCUAGAGUAUGCAUGAGUCUGAGAGCUGGCACUGUGGGGAGCCUCUGGGGUAUGCAGUUCGUGGAUCAGGUUUGCUAGGUAGUG